GGUUAACAGGGCACGAGAUAGGUGAUCUUAUGCUAUUGCCAGCUCGCUAUCAACCCGCACUUUAGCGCUACGACAGCGCUUGUAGGCACCUACGCACUCGGGUGGCCUUGUCCUCGUCGGUCCUGCCCGGAGACGCAGCUAGAAAGAGCUAUGCCUUGUCCGCCUUUGCUGCCUUUCAGGCGUUUGGCUGAACGGCAAGACAUUGUAUGAUUUAAUAGAUCAAAAAGACAAAGGCACCAAAGGACGCAGGACUUUGACUCUCUUGGAUGAUGUACUAUACAUCGCAAACUACCUACCCACCUACCUAUUGUGCUUUUCCUGUCUACCCCGCAUAUCUGCUUCGUCGGCGGCGAUGUCACGGAACGAUGACAUCACGACCUGGUGGGCGAGUUGUUACGGUUGUUUGAGGCAUAUCGCCACAGCCAGCUACUUGAAAUUAUACAAAUAAAAUGACCGUGACUGAUAUCGAAAGUCCUCAGCUUAGUCUUCAAAGGUUCGGUUUUGCAUCGCGAGAGGGUACUUAAGCCAAUAAGAAGAGUUUUGAAAUUAUUGAAGGCAACAUGGCAACAUGGCAACAAGUACCAACCCGUGCCAUGUACCAGGCGAUGUAGUUCCAGCAGAAGACAUUGCACUUGAGACAGGUGCCUCUCUCAUACAGAAUUUCGAGCCGACAAAGCAGCUCUGCGCCCACCUGAACGCCUUCCACACAUACGCUGACGAGCCAGGUCGAUAUGUCGAGGCCAAUCAUUAUUGCGCUCAUCUGACAGAGGAUGUUCGCCAAUGUAUUCUCUACGAUAGCCCAGGUCCCAAUGCUCGCUUGAUUGGGAUUGAGUAUAUGAUCACACCCAAGCUUUAUGAAACGCUCCCAAGUGAGGAGCGGAGGCUCUGGCACUCCCAUGUUUACGAGGUCAAGUCCGGUAUGCUAGUCAUGCCCGGACCAACGGCCCCAGGGCUUCUGCAAGCGUGGGGGGUCGCGGAGACUCAGGAAAUGAAGCACGUCAUCGGUCUCUAUGGCAAGGUGUACCAUCUCUGGCAGACAGAUAGAGGCGACGAGCUGCCUCUUGGAGAACCCAAGUUGAUGACAAGCUUCACCGCCGACGGCCAGUUCGACUUUGAGGAGGCUGUGGGCGAUCGCGAUCGAAGAUUUGGAACCGAUUACAAGAGGGCGAAAAAAUCAAGAGAAGGCAUUGAGGCCCCGACCAUACACGGGGAUGCUGACCAAGCUUGGAAGCAAAGAAGAAAUUCAAUGUGAUGAUGAAGGCGUAUUGUAUUUAGUAUCUUUCUCUAAUGUUCAAUAUAUUCUUACAGCUGUGAUAUAGUCCUGU